AUGGAACUUUACUUUCUUCGACAUGCCCAGCGCAUUGACCACGCUCCCAAAGACUCGGGUGCUUAUCCCCUAUCUUCAGACUACCAAAGCUACGAUCCUCCGCUAGCUUCUACGGCCAUAGAACAAGUGCAAAAUAUUGCACAAAGAUUUGUCGAAGUUACCAAUGCUUUUUCGUCGGAAAGUAGUGGAGAAGGAGCUGGGCCGAUGCGGAAGAACAUCUUUGUUCAUUUUCUGCCGUAUCUUCGGUGCUGCCAAACUGCCGACUUACUCGUUUCGGAAUUGAAGACAAGAUUACCGGCGGAAUUUCCACAAAUAAAGCUUAGAUUCCAGCUUUUGGGAGACUUUGCCCUCUCCGAGUGGGUCCACGACAAAAUGAAGAACAAACCACCGUUUCUCGACUCCAAUGAGGCUUAUCUGAUGUACACUCCAAAUUGCAAGAGCCUAAAGAACAAGCUGAAUCUCUCUAAUUUCCGCCCCACAAACACCUUGGGACCCUAUAAUGGGCCCGAUCUCAGCUACGCCGACUACCAGUCUCGCUGCAAAGACUACUUUCAAAAAUUGCUCGCAACAUACGACAAGGCAAAUUAUAUUCGCAACCAAGACGUCAUCUUUGUGAUCACCCAUGGGUACCCUGUGAACAAUUUCAUGUCCUACUUCAUGAACCAUCCUAUCUUUGACGAGAUCCCCGAGGCAAAACUCAACGGAGCCCGAAGGGUGCUCAAAAACGACGAUUCAAGACAAUCCACUGAAGAGUCGGAAGAGUCUGUGGACGGCCCAAUUUUCAAAGUUUCCAGUUCCAAGCUGGACUCGCCAGAAGAUCCCUACGACCCCACUCUCUACACUUGGCGUCUCUUUGAGGAUGCUCUUGAACUUCUCAAAAAAGAGGAUAUUGAUCCUACCCUCAACCUCGAAACAGAUGUGGUCUACUACAAGACAAACUUCAUAAAGCGCAACGAAAGAGAUAACCUCAAUAUGAAUCUCGAUGUGCCCAAGCCCAUGGACCAGCCGCGGGCCUCGUUCAAAAUUGCAUCUCGGUCGCUGUCGGCAAAUACUCUGGCGCCAAUACGAAAUUAUAAUCCAAUUUGUCCCGCUGCUCGAGACUGGCUGCCCAACACUGCCAAGCUUUACCAAGUGAAGGCAGACUUCAAGUUGAAGACCAUCAAUUCCGAAGCGUUUCGAAAAGAUUUCAGUCUUCUGAACCAUCCUAGUAAACCGGUGUCUCCCGAGAUAUCUCCCAGUAGUGAGCCUACUCGCAACAAUUCGGUGAUUGAUCUCAGCAAACUCAAAAGCAACGAAGACAUCUACAAGCCGAUGAAGUUGCGGUACUCCACCACUUCUGAUAUUCCGAUUCACAGACUUAACUCCAAGGUCAAUUCACAGGUGAAUUUGGCUGGCCUUCUGUCCCACAGGGACUCGUCGUCCACGGAACUGCUGUCGGUUGACCUUCCCAAAUACAUCUCCAGUAUCACAACCAACCGAAAACGGUCCAUCUCCAAUCCGGUGGGUUUUUCCUACCACUCAAAGGACUCGUAUUUUCCUCUGGUGGUUACCAAACAAAACGACUCUUCUGCGUCGAUAGAUUCAGGACUGCCCAUAGACGAAGGGUCCGAAGAGGAAACUGAGAACCAUGAAGACGACAACGUGGUUUUCCAGCCACCAAACCCGCUCUUGAACCGGGCCAAAAGCUUGAAUUACAAGCGAGCCGCAACCAGCAACGAGUCCAAGCUUUCGUCUCUUGGAAAGUACAAAAUUCCAGAAGACCAGCGGUUCUCGCUCCAGUUCGGCGACCAGACCAGCGACAGAAACGGAGAAAGAUCAAGUGAUAAAAACGAAGAAAAAUCUGAAAAAGUCGACAAAACCGGAAGAGGCACCAAACCGGAAAAGCCUCCGUUCCGCUCGAGCAGAGACUCCAUAAAGCUUAUUCUGUCGUUGAACAAGUCGCCAAAACAGCUGAUGUUCUACCAAUUCAACGACAACUCGGACGAAUCGUUGUCGUCGGAAGAUGGCAGUUCCGGCUCCGGCUCCGAGGAUGAAGACAGCAAGUUUGUGUGGUUUGGUCAGAACAGAAGGAAAGACUAG